AGAAACAUGGCUGACCCGUGGUGAUUCGUCGUCGGCAGCGCUCGCGCUGGCGUUCUCUCGGCGCCUUUUCGAACAAAUCGCCCCUUCCCAGCGCCCGCACUGCGAGGAAACAUGGAAGGCGUGCUCUGGAAGUGGACCAACUACUGGAAUGGUUGGCAGCCGAGGUGGUUCAUCCUGGACAAGGGUAUCCUCACGUACUACAAGUCACAGGACGAGGUGAACCAGGGCUGCAAAGGUUCGGUGAAGGUGUCGGCAUGCGAGAUCGUGGUGCACCCGACAGACAACCGACGGAUGGACCUGGUGAUUCCAUCGGAGCAGCAUUUCUACCUCCGGGCACCAACGCCGUCCGAGCGGCAGCAGUGGCUGGUGGCCCUUGGGAGCUCGAAGGCGGCUACGGCGGCGGCUGGCAGCCACGCGGCGCAGCCGCCCCGGCUAGGAGGUGGCGGGGGUGACCCCGAGGGCAGCCUGCGAGCCAAGAAAGCCGAGUUGCGACUCUACUGCGACCUCCUUAUGCAGCAGGUGCACACCAUCAAGACCUCACAGAAUGGAGGCGAGGAGGAAGCUGCCAAGGCAGCUGAGGCGGCUGACCUGCUGCGGGCCACCUGCGACACCUUCAUCGCCACGCUGGAGGAUUGCAUGCAUCUGGCCGACGCAAACUUCACCUACGAGCUGCCCCACCAGGAAGUCCGAGACUCCGCCUUGCCGCACGAGGCCCCACCACCUGUCGCACCUGUGGUCCCAAAGUCCUUGCAGAGCGCUCACCCUUCCUCUCGGCGCCGGAAGAAGUCCAACUCCAUCUCCUCUUCUUCGUCUACAUCCGGAGCUGCCUCUUCCACGCUGGACAGUGCCAGGCAGCAGCGAGUUCAACGAGGUGACCACAACGCUGACAGUACACUGCAUAACUCUGGUGCUGUCCCGUCUAGUGUGACGUCACCAGGUUGCGCCUCAGCUUCGUCUCAGUCCUCUGCUGCCACCAACCACGUGACAUCGCCUGUCGAUCUUGUGCCAUUGCCAGGCAGUGCAGAGGCUCCCGACCACGAGUCCUCACCUGCUGCCAAUGGGCCCAGUGUCGCCUCAACGGACCAGCCUAGUCCAGUAGCCAACGGGAGCCUUUUGAAUCAUCCGGGCCGGCCGCGCACCUUCUUCUCGGUGAUGGAGCACAGCUUCAACGACGUCUCACCAGCCACUGGCAUUGCGACGGAACAGUUCCUGAACAGUUGCCGCUCCAUCUUGGCCGUAUUCGACGUCCUCGGCUCGACGGCAUUUGUCCCAGUCAAGAUGGACAUACAGGGCAACAUUGGAAAGCUGCAAGCCAGGUACGACUCAGACCCGUCACGCUUCGACAUGCUCUUCGACAUGGUGCACCAGGAGAUUGACUCUGGCGCGAACACCGCCCGCAACUCCGUGACGGAUGCACUGCUGUGGCUGUCUCGUGCACUGGCCUUCAUCCACGCAUUCCUGGAACAGAUCCAGUCGGGGAACGCCGUUCUCACGGACUGUGCCUCUGUGGCGUACGCCGCCACCCUCAAGUGCCACCAUGGCUGGGUGGUGAGGAGCAUCUUUGCCGUGGCACUGCGAGCAAUGCCGGAGCUGGAGCCGUUUAUUGAGGCCAUGGCUCCAUCACCCGAGGACUUCCAACACCCGGACUACCGGAGGCAGCUCUUUGCUGAUGGUGGAGCGUACGUGCAGGCCCUGCGGGAAGUGCUCGACGCACUCAACAACUUCUACGUCGAAAACGGGCUCGAGCCACCUGUCCAGAAAUCUUGAGCUUUAGGGAAACCCCGUGCCCUUCGUGUGUGUAUCAAUAGAUCCACGAGUGCCAGCACAUGGGCUCAAGAUUUGUGCUGUGAAGCAGGAUGCCAAAGCUGAGCAUGGACGAAGGGAGGCAGACUGCAUAGUGUGACUAGUAGUGAGUGUGCAUGUGUGGGCACAAGGCAUCUGUGUGUGUGGUUGUAAUAAUUUAAACACUGGGGCACGUUACCCGGCAUAGUCAAAUCCCACCAGAGAAAGUGAGUUGCUAGUCCGCUCACCUGCUCAUCCGGCAGGUGUGCUUUUGUAAUGGUGCAUGUAGUUAGGUGAAAAUGACUUAUUGCCACUUGGCCCAAUGACUUCUUAUGCUCUUUCUUAGUUUGCAAUCUCUAAACCUUUUUAACCAACCUUGAAUUGAUCAUUCUGCUCACUGCUUUCAAGGUGGCGAAAUCGUCCAAACUUCUCUGGCAUGCUACUACCCUUCUAAUGUGCCAGGUGUCACAAGAAUGAGUCCACGAAAAAGCAUUUAUUGGCAGUCUUGUCAGUCAAAUGUUUAUCGGUGUUGUUGGGCACGGGUAGCAAAUAAAGGGAAAAGGCUGCGUGAAAUCGACAAUGCAGCUUUUCUGCCAGCAUCUUUUUGCUCUUUGUGCUUAAGCGAAUAGAGAACUUCGUUCAUUUGAACUAGCUUCGCAAACAUUUUCCUAGCCGAGAUGUGUCCCCACCACAUUUCAAUGAAAGUUUAUUUUCCACUUGAAUGCAUUUACAAGGUGCCCUCUUUCAUUGUUCCCUUGACAAAAUGGUGCUCAGUAAAUGAGCCAUGCAACAAUAUAUUCUUUGUGAGGGCACAGUGAAGGUGCCACUAAAAGCUGAAUACUUGUGGGUAUUUUAAUAACUUUGUGAUACGGCGUUAUGACCACAUUCGUUUUUUUUUUAAUCCUUAAACAGUAGGUAUUGAUUGGGGCCCAAAGAAUUCUACUAGUGCAUCUUUUGACACAGAAGUACAGGUAGUUUCAUCUGCCGGAUUCAUUGGUAGCACUGGCUGUUCCUCUUGAAAAUUCUUUCAAACAUUAUUUCCAUCACUUACUAGUUCGUUCCCGAGUGUCGAGGGCUAGGUGUGCAAGAGAUGUUCUUCAUUCCUAUCAGUUUAAUGCGAAACAGAGGUACUGCAAACAUGUGGCUCUCUGCUUUCAAUGGAAUAUUGACUGUUAAGCAUUUUUGUGGCGGCCAAGCAAGAACUUGAUACAGUGGGCUCCAAUUUUACCUUUCGGAUGAAAUCAUCAAGGCCUAGCCCUUCACAUUUCCUUUAGCUGCAUUCAUUUUCCGAGUGCUACGGUUUCCUGCAAACACGAGAUCCAACACUUGUGCUAGUAUCAACUCAUCAAACAUGGGAAGAAUGGGCAAUGCGUCAAUUUGCCUAAACAUUUUCCUUCUUGCUUCAAGCUGCUUUACGACUUUGCAAAUUGUUUAUUUUAAUGGUGUUGUAUCGCUGUAUAUAUGCAACAGUGCACAAUGAUUUUGCAUGUGUGCAGACGCUUAUUGCCUCCACGCAUCCAUAAAAAUGCAAUUGCACGAAAAUUUUGGAAACGAAAAUUAGUAAGAUCAAGUGCAGUAAAUAACGCCGCAGGAAUUUCUGAAGCAAAAAGCAUGGAGAUUAUACAACUUCGGGUACUAGCCACAAUUGCCCUUCUCACAGGGGACAAGUGUUUAGGACACCAGACUUCCCUCUGGAAACUUGUAGCAAACUUCACAUAGAAUACUAGUUAAGUGUAGCAUCUGUGAUGUCAGCUGCGUGACAUUGGACUUCAAUCUGCGCUCUGGUGUGCCUAGGGCAUAAUCUUGUUGCACAUUCAUAGCGAGGAGUGCCCAGUUUCUAAUUCUAGCCUAAAGAUUAGUGAGCCGUACGAUCGAAAGCCAGCAUCAGCCUGGCAAAUCUGUACAGUGUUUGUGCAUCGAUCUCUUCUCCAUGUGUGGUUCCUGGCAAGUACAUUCCAUAAUAAGUAGAGUAUCGAAUUUUACUCUGUGUGCCGAUCCUGUCAACUGUGGCUAUGCUGCUUCCCUGUGCGAGACAUCAGAAGAGUGAAGAGUAAGAGUUUUAACGAGGGUUGGCCUACCUCAUAGCCUUUAGGGAUGUCACAUCAGUUUGCUUGUGAAUGUGGGGAUUUGAUAGCCACUGUUUCUAUGGGACUGUGAUGUUACAUUGAAUUGUUCAGUGGAGUUUCGGUAUUCUUCGUGUCAUAGUGGUGCUAAUAUCGUAAACUUCAAGCGGCAGCUAACUUAGAUGUGCAUUAUUGUAGUUUUGUUUGUAGCUAUGUCGGCAUUGCUUCGAAGUGUAUGGUACCCACUGCUUUGCUUGUUGCUGCGUUCGCUAGUGAGCGGCCGCUGCACCACUACGUAUUUGUGUCUUGACCCGACAUCAUUGUGUCCAGUUCAUAGGUUAUCUGCAAUAUUAGGUUAAUUUUCUCAGUGAACUAGCAUUGCGUUUCACUGUUAUCAUAAUGUUGAAGCAGUAACCACCUAUGGUUGGCACAUACUGUGCUAACCGUCUUGCACGUUAGUGCAUGCAUAAAAUACUGAAACAGCCGGCACGAGGCACGGGAUUCAGGAAGCAGAUUGUUUCUCAUGUCUGUAGACGCACAAAUGCCGACUCUGCUAGAGAUCCGUACUUUCAUAGUUUGUGCAUCGACUUGCAAGAGAACACUUAUUUGUAACUUGCAACCUCUGCGGAGGCUCUCGCCGCUUGUUUCAAGCCUACUGUAUCAUCUGCUGUGUCAUCUCUCUUCAUCCGUUUAUUUUGCAUUUCAUGGCAUUUACGCUUUUUGGCACUUCCACGUUUCUGAGAGUGCGUAGCGUACGUUUGGACUAUCACUCUACGACAGCCCGCCCAGAUAUUUGCCGUUCUUUAGCAUGCUGGCUUUUGUACGCGGGUCAUUGCGUCCUAAUUUAUGGGCUACAAAUGCAUCGCCUCUGGUCCACCAUUAGUUCUCGAAAACAUUCCUGUUGCCUUGUCAGGCAGCACAUCUCGUUUAUUUGCAACUGUGUCACAGUGCAUCAGCGAAGCGCUGCAAUGCUUCUUGUUUUCAGCAUCGUAUUGCCUGAUACUUGCAACGCCGGCGCUGCAUCUUCCUGUAGAUCUGAUUUCCCGCUUAUCAGUAUAAGUAUGCUGGAAAGUGGUGGCAGGACACGAUGGCAGCUCACUACGCUAGCCUGCGUCAUUGGGAAAACUCUGCAGGUGUUGCUUGCCAUUGAUGAUGGCCUCUUGCAGAUGGACCACACCACCUCCAAGUGUUGCACGCGUGCAUUUCGUAAAUGUCACUCUGCUCUCUUGAUGCGAGAGCCACCAUUGCCACACCAUUUCUUCUGAUGUAAUGCAAGCCUAAUUGCUGAUGCAUAAGAAAAUUUAAAUUGUAGCGAUGUGCUGCCGUAACUGCAGCCUGUUCAGUAGCGAAGCUUACCAUACUUUUGCAAUGAAUUAAGCUGGCCUUUGGUUCCGCGAGCUAUGUUUUUGGAGUCUUUCUGAGACUUGUCCGAGAAAAAGACUGGUGACAUGCACAUGCUUGUUCCUCUUUACUUUUCCCUUCCUAAGUCAAGGCAGCAUUUUGUUUGCAGUGAUGUGCUUUUGUUUGUGAAAGUUCUGUAAUAUAAGAAUAUUGGAGUAAAGAUUUAUACAUCUAUGUACAUAUGUACAAACUGUGGUGGGAGUGUGCCUUUGUAUUCAGCUUUUCAGAGCGUCAGUAGUUGCAUAAGCAACCUUAUGCAACACCCUGUCGCACGUGGCAGCUUCAGUUGCAGUUGAAAUAUUGUCGAAAUAAAAAGUGUCACAUGUGGAGCUUGAUGCAGGAGUCACAGUAACUGACUUUGUGAC